UCCGAUCGAACUCAGUUUAAUUUGAGACACAGCGUUGGAAUGUCACAGUGCUCUGUCGCUUAAUCUUGGAUAUUAAUAUUUUCACAUUGACAGUGAAAGAGUGAUACAAAAUUUCUUUGUUUUCGUUCUUGCGUUCGAUUGAAACAUAUAACUUCAUACUUCAAACGGUAUUCGCUGAAACGUAUGCGAUAUUUUUUCCAAUCCCUCUAUGGGAAAAUAGAUAAAAAACCGUAAAAUUCGGAAGACAUUAUUCUAGUUUUGAUAUCCGUGUUAAUCAAAUGUGACUUUUAUUUAAUGUGCGCACGUUGAUUCUCGUUUUUUUUUUUCGCUCACUAGGUGUAGCUGAGCGAAUUUGUAAAUUCACAUAUGUGAGAGACACACACAAAGGUGGUUAAAUAAGAAAAGAACAAAUAUAUUGUGUGUGUGCUGGUGUGUUUUAGAGCUAUUUUGAUUUAUCUAAAAAUAAACGAAACCAUCAAAUAUAAUUAUUGCAUGAUGAGAAAUAAAUAAAUAACAGUGACCGGCACUCAAACUCAAAAUAUCGUUCUCUCUCUGUGUUCCUCUCGUUCACAAUUGCCAAUGAUAAUUACGUAAGGACAAAGUUCGGAGUAGGCGAGAAACAAAAAAAAAAUAAACAAAAUUAUAUCAACUACGAGUGAGAGACAUCCAUUCUCUGCGUAAUUUUGAUCAAAUAAAAACGCAAAACGUGAUAGAAAGUAAAAUUUUUUUGUUGGUGUCGUGUUUUGUGUUGAACAGAAUUCUGAUGACACAUUCAAAUUACUUGUGAACAAUUGCAAAGCGAUAAAUACUUUUUUUGUGAUGAUUCCACAAAUGUUCAAGCAAAGCAAUCAUCAUUGAAAUAAAGCCAUUUUAAUUCUUCAGAACAAUUUUUACUUAACGGAAUACAACAAACGACUUCGCAUCGAAAGAAAAUUGUGUGUGAAUUAUUUUACAUUCCUUGACUAUUCAAAGAUAAAAAUAUAUUCAAAUAAAUAGAAAUUUGAGAAUUUCAAAUUCAGCACGAGAAUAUAGUUGCAGUACCAGUAACAACAACAGCAUAAUCAGCCUGCAGACAUGGCGCCGAAAUCAAGAAAGAAAAAGGCACAUGCCAAAACACUAACAUGCUACUGCAACGUUUGCCCAGAAGAAUCAGUGGACAACGAAAAAUGCGAAACCAGACCCGGCGGUUCGUGCUUUGCUUCCGUACGUGGUAUUUAUAACAGUACAACCAAUGAAUAUGAUGUUGAAUACGAAUAUGGAUGUAUGCCACCAGAGCAAAGUGGUGGACUUUUACAGUGUCGUGGUUCCUUAUAUUUGGCCGGUCAAAAUAUAAAAUGCUGUGACUCGGGUGAAUUCUGUAAUCAAAAUAUGGAAUUAGAAUUUCAGGCACCGUCUACAACUCCAUCACCAUCGGAUACUCAACAAAUUGAUCAAUUUAGUUAUAAUCAAUUGGCAUUAUUAUUAUCGCUGGGUGUUUGUGCGAUAUUAUUUCUGAUCAUUGUUCUAGUUGUUCUUGUGACCUACCGUCGUCGUGAAACCAAACGCAAACAAGUCUGUCUUCUCGAAUCGGGUCACAGUAGUCAUUUGUCGCCAUUGAAUGAUUUAUUUGAACAGAGUAGUGGAUCUGGCUCAGGUCUACCUUUGCUCGUCCAACGAACAAUAGCCAAGCAGAUUCAAUUGGAAAAAUCGGUAGGUCGUGGCCGAUACGGUGAGGUAUGGUUAGCCAAAUGGCGUGAAGAGCCCGUUGCUGUUAAAGUAUUCUUUACUACCGAAGAAGCCUCGUGGUUCCGUGAAACUGAAAUUUAUCAAACAGUUUUGAUGCGUCAUGAAAAUAUCUUGGGUUUCAUUGCAGCCGAUAUUAGCGGUACAGGGAGCUAUACACGAAUGUUUUUGAUCACCGAUUAUCAUGAGAAUGGCAGUCUCCAUGAUUAUUUACAAAUGCAUGUGAUCAGUCCACGUAGUUUACAAGAGUUGGCACAUUCGUUGACAGCAGGUUUGGCACAUUUGCAUAUGGAAAUAUUCAGUAAGCCAGGAAAGCCAGCGAUAUCUCAUCGUGACAUCAAAAGUCGAAAUAUUCUAGUAAAACGUAAUGGGCAAUGUGCCAUAGCCGAUUUUGGAUUGGCCGUUAAGUACAAUAGUGAAUUAGAUGAAAUUCAUAUUGCACCAAAUACUCGUGUCGGUACACGUCGUUAUAUGGCACCCGAAGUAUUGGACGAAUCGUUAAAUCCAACGCAAUUCGAAUCAUUUAAAUUGGCCGAUAUUUAUUCAGUUGGUUUGGUAUUUUGGGAAAUGGCACGACGAUGUGUGACCACUAUUCCCGGUACCAAGAGUACCGCUUGCGAAGAUUAUGCAUUACCAUAUCAUGAUAUGGUUCCAUCAGAUCCAAGCUUUGAAGAUAUGUACGAUGUUGUGUGCACACAAAAGAUUCGCCCGCCCAUUCCAGAACGAUGGCAAGACGAAGAAAUUCUACAAGUUUUAUCGAAAAUUAUGGUCGAAUGUUGGCAUCCAAAGCCAACGGCACGAUUGACUGCCCUACGAAUAAAGAAAUCACUGAGCAAAAUUCAAACAGAUGGUUCCGGUCACAUCGUCUAGUAGUAGCAGCUGUAAUUUGUUAGGGAAUAAGGCAAACUCUAUUCAGUAGAAUUUUAUUUCAACUAUUAUCAUUUCGUGUAAAGAACAGUGAGACUGAGUUCACUGUCAAAU